GUAUUAUCGGAAUCCCCAGUCCUGUUGCCUUCUGUUCUUCAAGUCCAGCGUGCCUUCGUUCCCUCCUCUCAUUCCAUCCCGCAGCAUAGCAGAACUACCCAGUUUUGUCGAACAAUGACCACUACCUCUGCAGCUAAACCCAGGACGUACACCAGCAAUGAACCCGGGAACGCAGAGAUAAACUGCUUCUUCGAGUCCCAGACGUCAACAUGGCAGUAUGUAAUCUCGGAUCCUGCAACCCUACAAGCCGUACUCGUUGAUACCGUCCUGGACUACGAUCCUGCUGCCGGAAAGGUUUCCACAGAAUCCGCUGACCAGCUGCUCGCGUUUAUAAAGAAGAAGAACUUGAAGGUUUUGCGUAUCUUGGAAACACACGCGCAUGCGGAUCAUCUCACUGCUGCUCAGUAUCUCAAAUCAAAGCUUCCAGGAGAUGUGCCCGUAUGCAUCGGUUCUCGCAUCACGCAGGUUCAAUCAAAUUUUGCCCCAGUCUACGGGUUAGAAUGGAGCACAUUUGGCGAGACCUUUGACAUUUUCCUGAAGGAUGACGAGGAGUUUCCUGUUGGGAAUCUCACUUGUCGUGUUAUCCAUCUUCCUGGUCAUACUCCGGAUCAUAUUGGGUACGCGAUCGGAAAGGCCGUUUUCACUGGGGAUUCCAUCUUUCUUCCUGAUGUUGGUUCUGCAAGAGUAGAUUUCCCUGGUGGUGAUGCCAAACAACUAUAUGCCUCUAUGAAUCGUCUUCUGUCCCUGCCCGAGGACUACAAGUUGUUCGUUGGCCAUGACUACCCGAGUUGUCGUAACUAUAACUGCGUCACUACCGUGGGCGAGCAACGGAAGCUCAACAAGCAUGGGAAGGUUGGUACCACCGAAGAGGCUUUCAUCCAUUUCCGUAAACAGAGGGACGAUACCCUCGGGGCUCCCAGACUCAUUCAUCCGUCGCUCCAAGUCAAUAUACGUGCUGGCAGACUGCCUCCGGCGGACACAGAGGGGCGUGUAUGGAUGAAGAUACCCGUUAAAUACACAAGUGAUGUGGAAUUCUCCGAGUGCUAAUUAUAAUAGUUCUUUUCUUCAGCAUUGUGGGUACAAAAUAAGCCGAGGAAGCGCUUGGCAAAUACGCGUCCGCUCUCCCAACUCGGGGAACAGAAAUGCGUCCUUUAUAUAUCCAUAUCUAAUACAUGUCCUUUUGCGCUAUGACUUAUCCUAGAUGUAC